UCAGGAUCAUGAAGGUCUCUGUGGCUGCCCUCUCCAUCCUCGUGGUCAUGGUCUUUAGUUCUCUGGCAUCUUCUGCACCAAUGGGCUCUGACCCUCCCACCUCCUGCUGCUUCUCCUAUGUCAGCCAGCAGAUCCCCAGAAGAUUUGUGACAGACUAUUAUGAGACCAGCAGCCUGUGCUCUCAACCAGCAGUGGUGUUCCAGACCAAAAAGGGCCGACAAGUGUGUGCCAACCCCAGUGAUGCCUGGGUUCAGACUUACGUGGAGGACUUGGAGCUGAACUGAGGAGCUCAGGGGCCCUGAUCAAUGAAUCCUAAAGAAAAAGGAUCCAAACCAAAAAAACUCUGCUCUUGGAUGAAAUCUCCCAGGACUGAAGAUUUACUAAUCAUAAUUCACAUAAUAAUUCACUUUGCCAGUGAGAUCUAAUUUAUUUAAGUUAUUGGUGGCAGUUUUGGAUAUUUAUUGGCACAAUUUGCACUUCUAGAGGAUAUCUGUCCCCCAUGGGGACUCCUAGUAGUAACCAAGCGUACAUUCUUUUGAGUGCUAGGGCUACCUGCUGAAUUUGAUGAACAUCUUUUGGAAAAAGACUUCAGAAUAAAACAUUUUAA